AUGGCGACCCGUUCGCAAGGUACAUUGCAAGAAACAUAUGGAGUGAAUGCGACAUGCGAAAGCGCGUGGAGAAGUGAGCUCUGGGGCGUGUUUGAAGGCGUCCAUGCAUAG